GUCCGAAAUACGAAAAAUAUGAGUUACACGGAGACUUCAAUCGGGAGUUCCGUCAACUCUUCACGUCCGUUAAAACGGUCUUUAGCCUGCCAGGCUGCCAGUCUUGCCGCCCUGCUCCUUGCCUCCUUCUCUCCCUUUUCGGAAAUCGGAAUCUUGUCCGGAUUCUUACUUCUCAGACUCUCAAUCCAGCUCCAACUCUCCAAGGCUUCAGGAGAUCAGGCCUUCAAACAUACGGGACUGGCCUACAGCAGGUGUUGAAGAUGGAUAUAAUAUCGCAGUUGCAAGAACAUGUGAAUUCGACGGCAGCUCUUGCCUUCAAUACUUUCGGAACGCUUCAGAGAGAUGCUUCUCCAGUUCGAUUGUCGGCUAAUUAUCCAGAACCCCCUCCCGCUGCUGCAAAGCCUGCCGAUGAUGCUGCGACAGCUGCAGCUGCAACGGCUAACGCUGUGGAGCAAUCCAAACUGAUGGCCGCUGAACUUGUCAAAGCUGCUAAACAGUUUGAUGCAUUGGUUGCUGCACUCCCAUUGUCUGAAGGGGGUGAAGAAGCUCAAUUAAAAAGAAUUGCAGAACUUCAGGCUGAAAAUGAUGAAGUAGGACAAGAACUUCAAAAGCAACUGGAAGCAGCAGAUAAGGAGCUGAAGCAGGUUCAAGAGCUGUUCAACCAAGCAUCAGAUAAUUGUUUGAACUUUAAAAAACCCAAUUAACGGUUAUAUACACAGUUUCAGAGCCAGAAAAAUGAUUCAGGGGUUGAAACUUCUCAAUUACAUAUAGAAGGAAAAUGGUGGAUUGUUGUUAGACAACACUCAGGUUGAAUGUUGUAUAUGUAGCUUAGAUAAAUGAGUUUAAAUGAGACUUAUAGAGUUACAAAUUUAAUAUAUAAGUCAUAUAUAUUGUAAACUUGUUUUAUAUGAGUUUAGUCUACGGGUUUCCAUAUCGGUUGUUGACUCAGAUGAGACCCUUUGUUUUACCCUGGAACUUUAUAGUUCUCCUCUCAUCUAGUUUAAUAUUAGGAUUUUUAUCAGAAAAAAUCAGCUAUUGAGUAUU